AACCGAACAGAUAAAACUUUUUUAGCGCAACCUAAAAUUAACCUACAGAGCUUUAACAGAACUUUAAAAGUAACCCAGAUGGCCUAAAACAGCGUUUAAAAGCGUUCGAGAGAAAACGGUCGUUACGUUGGGUGCCCCUUAAUUGCAUAUUGAGUUGGACCUCUCUCUGACAAUGGGCAUGAAUUGUUAAAAAAAUGUCUUGUAAUCGAAGCGCGACAUAGAGAUUUCAACGAAGGACUUACUAAAAUUAGAACAAAGAGUUCUUAUUUUAGUUUUGAAAUCAGGCAAUUUAAUUUGGCAAAACUGAAUAGCUCAAAAACCAAUCUUUUAAGCUGACGGAAUUAUUAGUUAAUAGAAAGAGCUUAUUGAAGGUUGUCGCCUCGUUUAUAGACGGCCUACUGAUGUCUGCUAAGAACCCACGUCUUCCUAAUAAGAUAGUUGUUAUUUCAUUUCAGUUUUUGAAAUUAGUUUGGGUAUUAGUUUACCGACAAAGUGGUCCUCGAGUAUUUGACUUUGAGCUUAAUUUCACAUCGUCAAAAUCAAUAGUGUAUCAAGAUGAAACAAUUGGAGAAAAGUAUAUCUGUCAAAACCGACAGAUAUUGAAGCUUCUUUAAGGUUCAUGUUUAAAAAGAUGAGUUUUAAUUAAAAUGGAGAAAUUAAAGUGAUUGGUUUGGUUGUUAAUCCUAAUCGCUGAUCAUGUGUUGUGGAAAUUAUUCACUGCGGCAGAUUUUUGUUGUACAGCAGCUAGAAACUGUCCUUUUGCGUGUAGAACAUUGUCGGGGGCUAAGCGCUGGUAAAGAUGAUAUAGAUUCUCAGAGAAGUCGCUUUAGUUGAUCCGUCGUAUAUUGCAAAAGACUGAUGGAGAACGCCUUAAACACGACUUCCUCCACUUUCGAAAAAGAGGAGUGCUUUGUCUUGGAUUCCAUUACCGUGAAGAUAGUCCGCAUCUGCGUUUACUGCAUUGUGAUAUUCUUCUCUUUAAGUGGCAAUCUUUUAAUUAUAGCAGUGACAAGAAAGAUCAAGAUGACGAGCAGGAAAUCUAUUCAUUAUCUCAUAGUGAACAUGGCCGUGGCGGACAUUUUUCUUACUCUAUAUAUGCCUCGUGUUAUAAGUCUCGUAUACGCUGGGUUUGAAUGGCAAGUCGAUGGUACACCAGGAGAACUAUUCUGCAGAGUUUCAACUCUGCUCAACCAGACCUGUAUGGCAGCGUCAAUUCUAACUGUUGUUGCAAUCAGUUUUGAUCGUUUUCUUGCUAUUAUGUUUCCACUGCGGACCUCGCUUCUAACAAUUCCCAGAACUAAAUUGCUGGUAACUCUCAUAUGGCUAACAGCGUCUAUUUUUCGAUUUCCAGUGGUCUAUGCAGUCAGUUUAAACAACGUCGACGGGAAACAACAUUGUUAUAUACAACUCGAUGAAACAUUUGGCCAUGGAACUGAAAAAAUCUACUACUUUGUCAAUCUUUUAUGUCUUUUUGCUGCACCUUUCCUGGCUAUUUUAAUUCUAUAUUCUGCUAUAAUAGUCACUCUGAAAAGAAGAAAACUACCAAAACCUGACAGCGCGUUAAGAAUGAAUCCAUGGCAACAGCGCAAAGAAGAGACUACCAGGAAGGUUUUGUCUAUGGUAACAGCAGUUGUAAUAGCAUUUCUCUGUUGCUGGUUGUUGUAUUUUAUUCGUCUGAUAUUGUUUUCCUACGAUGUCGACGUUUCAUGCGAUGUUCAGUUUGUCCGCCUGUUUCUCGCUCAUUCCAACAGCGCUAUAAAUCCUUGCCUCUACGUGGCAUUCAGCGAGAAUUAUCGUUGUGGCGUCAAAAAGAUUUUCUCUCAAUUGUGUUGUUUACAAGAUUGCUGCAGAAACAGCUAUAUAUUAACACCUGCAAAAGGGACUGGGAACUCGAAGACUGUAAUCCACGAGCUAGAAUUCAAAGACACUUGCCGGGUAGUCUACUUUUCUACAAAGCUGUAGUGUCACAUGUUCUGUAUUCACCAUGGAAACGAUUUCGCUCUCUCCAGUCCUUCGGCAACUUUUCUACAAACUUUUAGUGUCACAUGUUCUGUAUUCACCAUGGAAAAGAACUUGCUCUCCAAAACCCUCAACAACAGGAAAGAACUUGAGCAUUGUCAAUUCUGUUUAGGCGGCUGGCAACAGUUUCCAUCGCUUUCCAAGACUUAGAUUUUGAUGUAUCAUUAUAACCACUCUUCAUCAGUAGAUGCUACAAAGAUGGUAUCAAAAAAACUACUCAA